CUUCGCCGAGGCCGGGCCGCGCCGCGCCGGGCGGGCGGACGGUGGGUAGCUGCGGGGAGGCGGCGGUUGGGCCGGCCGGGGGCCCGGCCCCGGGCGCUGGGCAAGAUGCCGGGCGGGCGGGUGUGCGCUGCCUGCGGCUGCUCGGAGAUCGAGGUGGACGCGGCGCGCGGGGACGCGGUGUGCACGGGCUGCGGCUCGGUGCUGGAGGACAACAUCAUCGUUUCCGAGGUGCAGUUCGUGGAGAACAGCGGCGGCGGCUCCUCGGCCGUGGGGCAGUUCGUGUCGCUGGACGGUGCAGGCAAAACACCGACUUUAGGAGGAGGAUUCCAUGCCAAUCUGGGAAAAGAGUCACGAGCACAAACUCUGCAGAAUGGGAAACGUCAGAUUCACCACUUGGGAAAUCAGCUCCAACUCAAUCAACAUUGUCUGGAUACUGCCUUCAAUUUUUUCAAGAUGGCGGUGAGCAAGCACCUGACUCGGGGGAGAAAGAUGACCCAUGUAAUUGCUGCCUGUCUCUACCUGGUGUGUAGGACAGAAGGAACUCCUCACAUGUUACUUGACCUCAGUGACCUUCUUCAGGUGAAUGUCUAUGUGCUGGGAAAAACUUUCCUUCUGUUGGCCAGAGAACUCUGCAUAAAUGCUCCAGCCAUAGAUCCGUGUUUAUAUAUUCCUCGUUUUGCACACAUGCUUGAGUUUGGGGAUAAGAACCACGAGGUGUCCAUGACGGCCCUCAGACUGCUGCAGAGGAUGAAGCGGGACUGGAUGCACACGGGCCGCCGGCCCUCUGGGCUCUGUGGAGCAGCACUGCUAGUGGCAGCAAGAAUGCAUGAUUUUCGACGUACUGUUAAAGAGGUCAUCAGGGUGGUCAAGGUUUGUGAGUCUACAUUAAGGAAAAGGUUGACAGAGUUUGAAGAUACACCAACAAGUCAGCUAACCAUAGAUGAGUUUAUGAAGAUUGACUUGGAAGAAGAAUGUGAUCCUCCUUCGUUUACAGCUGGUCAAAAAAAAUUGAAGAUACAGCAGCUGGAGAAGGCGUUAUCAAAAAAGCUGGAAGAUUUUGAAGGUGAAAUAUCCAGCUAUCAGGAUGAAAUAGAGAUUGAAUUAGAAAACAGUAGACCAAAAGCCAAAGGUGUAUUUGCAAAUUUCACUAAAGAUGAUUCUAUGGAAGAUAAUACUUCUAGCAUAGCUGGUGAGGAGGAGGCAGAAGAUGAAGAACUGGAAGCAGCCGCUAACCACUUGAACAAGGACUUUUAUAAUGAACUUCAAGAGAAGGGCGCAGUAAAAAAAAAUGAAGAUGGGGAAUGCAAAAAUGGAAAUGAAGCUCUCAUAAGACCACCUGCACUGGAAUCUUUGCUUGGCCCUCUCCCCACUGCAGCUAGCCUUGGCAUAACAGAGUCCAUAAAAGAGUGCAUAUCCACUAAGGACCGAGAGCCUGGUGAGAAUACAGGAGAUGGUGAAUUAGAUCUGAGUGGGAUUGACGACAGUGAAAUAGAUCGGUAUAUACUUAAUGAAACAGAAGCUCAGAUAAAAGCAGAGCUGUGGAUGAAAGAAAACGCAGAUUACUUGAAGGAACAGAAAGAAAAGGAAGCAAGAAUAGCAAAAGAGAAAGAACUUGGGAUUUAUAAGGAACACAAGCCAAAGAAAUCUGCAAAGAAGCGGGAGCCGAUUCAAGCCAGCACAGCAGGAGAGGCAAUUGAAAAGAUGUUAGAACAGAAGAAAAUCUCAAGUAAAAUUAAUUAUAAUGUUCUAAGGGACCUGAACAGCAAAGGAAGUAACACACCAAAGAAAGAGGAUGACAGCACUGAUGACAGCACCAACACCAAGAAGCUGUCAAGAAGGAAAUCUAUUGCCAGUAGGAAUAUAGCCAACCCUGUAAACAGUGUGGGAAAAAGAUUGAGACCCUUGAUUUCAACACAGCUUGCUAAAAAGGCUGCCAUUGAAGAGGUUACCUUCCCAAAUGCACAAGCAGAAGCCUCUGACUUAGAAAAACCAGCAGCUGUGCUGGUGGAAAGUGGUCCAGUAGCUUACAACCCCGAUGAAGAGAUGGAAGAGGAAGAAGUAGAAGAAGACGACGAUCACUGCAUGAGCGCCUUACAGUUGAUGGGAGGGAACGAUUACGGCUGUGACGUGGAUGACGAUGACGGCUAUUAGUUCCAUUUCCUUCCAAUGGACACGGACUGUGCUUUGUCCUCAGCAAAUCUUCAGUCUUGGAGCUGUGUGGAUCGUGACAAAAAGCUGUCUGUGGUCAGCAAGUGUAGUGGAACAAUCCUUACUUUUGUAAAGUGAAUCUGAGGUUGGCGUUGAGUCUGGUCAGUUUACAUUGACCCGUAACCCAGCAAUAACGUUCGGGUUUGUACUUGAAUACAAUUUUUAUUGUUGGUGGAUUGUAGUUUGAGGAUGAAAUUAAUGGGAGUAAUGCUUCCACAGAACAAAAGGAGAGCGGCAAAAUAGACUGUGUAUAAAAGCACGUGUGGCUGAAAGCUACACAUCUCUUAUUUAUGUGACUCUGCUUUUAGAUGUGCUGUUGAGAGGGAGCAGAUUGAAGGACAGGUAGGAGGACAAGUGAAAACAAGAAGUGUGCCUGUUGAUUAUUGGAGUACAGAAGCAUUAGUUGUCUCCUAAUGCUACAACCAACAGAAAGAGAACAUUUCCAGCCUGUGUGGUGAACAAGACCCUGUUGUUGUAUACAUUUCCUUACCCAAACAUUAAGGACAAGUAACAUAUUUGCAGGGCAGCAUUGGUUUCUCUGAAACUGAGUAAAUACUUCUUUAUGUGGAUCAAUUUCUUGAAGGAUAUUGACAACAGAAGGCAGUGAAGAAUCAUCUUCCACUGCAGCUCCAGUGCAGUUGGUGUGAAAGGAGGGAGGGGAGGUGGGAAGUAUAGAGAGUAAGCAGGUGAUGAAGGAAAAGCAGGAAAUAAAGAUGCAUAAAUAAGCAUGUGUAUGACUCAUGUAGGUUGAGUGCUUUGCUCAAAUGCAAGAUGUUGGCUCUUAAAGAAACUGCUAAGAUGAAUUCUUUAUUGCUGAGGAUCUUUCCUUCAUCUUCUGUGUAGCUUUUCAUUGGUUUGUUCCCCCAAAGGAUGCUAAACCUGCUGCCCAUGUAGUGAUGUUACGUGCAGGAGCUGAGAGUGCACUCGAGUAACUGCUGCUAGUGAGCUUGAAUUUCAGCAGCACGGUGUGUUUCUUGCACUGAAAGCAGAAGGUUGCAGUUUUUGGAUGCUUUUGUAUGAUUUGAUCAGGAAAGGCUAUCACACAGUCUGCUGGAAGGGCACUUGGAGAGCAGAAACCAAAAAGGCCUAAAGUUCCAGAGCAUCUCAGUAUUGCUGGUGGAGUUAAUGGCAUGGUUUCUGUACAGGAAAGGCCAUGGUGCAGAGGAGGCAGGCUUCACUCUGAGCAUUGUAAAGCUUCUUAAGCUAUAGUGGUUAUGUAUAUUUUUAAUUUAUUGGUGACUUACUGGGAUUUUUAUAAUGUUCAUUCCUUCUCAAUUUAACUAAGCUCAGGAAAUGUAAACAGAUUAGAACACGCUAGUUUCUGUUUUUAUAGCUAGUCAUUAAAAUGUAAAAAGAUUAACACUGCAUUAACUCUGUUUACUGCUGUUGAUGUAUCUGGACAAUUUUGUUAUAUGUGAGUGAGCCUAAAGUCACUUGGAGUAAUUUGGACGCUGCUUUUCUCAGGAUUCUGGUUGUAAUGAAGAGAGCUUAUAAGGCUUCAGCAUUUGUUGUUCUUAGAUCUUAUUUGAACCCCACACAAACUGUAUAUCAUAGGUUUUGUUACAUAAAGCAUGUCUCUUGCUGCAAGUCACUUUGCUUGACAGGCAAAACCCUCCAGCAGUUGCAUCCAGCUUGUCUGCCGUGCAGCCUUCUAACAUGCUUGUAUCGUGGGAGUAAAAAAUGAAAGAUAUAAGGAGAAAACGGGAUUCCUCACAGUGGUGAGUGCACUUACAGUGUCUUAAUCAUGUAUGACAUGUCUUUAAAGUCGCUGUGUUCAACACAGCAACUUUUAAAUGGUGCCAGACAACCUUGUCUUGAGGGUUAAACGUAUCCACGUUCUUGCUAUCCUGUUGGCUUGUUUGUAUUCUUUGGAUUGCAUUGAAACACGUCACAGAUGUGUGCAGUUAGUGUACAAUUUGCCUAAUAAAUGUUCUGUUUCUCA